AUGUCCAUCGAUAAGAAAGACGUCGUCGACGAGGGGACGCCCGAGUCUCCCGCCUCCAGUGUUGACGCGGAGCAGACUGCCGGCGGCGCUGGCUCCUCGAACAACGCCUCGGGUACUCAUAGUGCAGCUAACUCCUCUGCUAACGCCGGCAAUGGCUCCCUGGAGAACCAGCAGCCUAAGCGCAAGGGCGGUCGCAAACCCAUCUAUGCCACUUCGGAAGAACGCAAGCAGCGUAAUAGACAGGCGCAAGCAGCUUUCCGUGAACGUCGCACGGAAUAUAUCAAGCAGCUAGAGGAAGCCAUCCGCGUCCAUGAAUCCAACCUCCACAACCUGCAGGCCGCUCAUCGUACAGCGGCCGAGGAGUGUCUGAUGCUUCGCUACAAGAACUCCCUGCUGGAGCGCAUCCUCUUGGAAAAAGGCAUUGAUGUCCAAGCCGAGCUUCGUGCGAAAACCGGCAGUCCGAAUCUUGGCCCGACCCAUGCCCCUCAGAACAUAGUUCAGCCGCCAACCAUUCAGCGCGGUAUUCUGGGCAGACACCACUCGCGAAGGUCCAACUCGAGCAUAGCUCCGAAGAUUGAGCCUAGCAUGAGCGCCGUUCCCCCGCCUCUCCAGACGAACGUACAUAAUUCGGCGUCUUCGCCUAAGAACCGUCCCACCCCAUCAUCUCAUUCCAACUCUCCUUCGAGCACAGGUAUGGCCUUUGGCGGCCAAGCGGCUUCACAAAUCAGCCCGUUAAGCCAGAUGAACCCAGCGGCCCGGGCUCACAUGAUGUCUGGAGGCCCGGCGCGUGUUGGAAACGGCGCUCAGUACUAUCCCACGCCGGCAUUCCAGAACCACAUUGAACAGCUAGAACAAGAGUACGAUGCACCGGCCGACAUGAUGGACGAUUCCGAAAUGGACACGCCCGGUGGUCCUGGUCCUUAUCCUGCGCCAUAUACCGACGGGCACCGAUCCGUUGUCACCUCCCCGACCUCGGGGAUCAAUGGUCACCAUGGAACACGAAGCGACGCGAUACCAACGACUCACGUAACCCACGCCGCUUACCCUUCCAUGACACAACUAUUGGACAACGGAAGCUCCGACUGGGACCCGUUCGGACUCAGCGCCAGCAUGGCUUUCCCUGCUCAGUUUUCUUUCGAUACCAGCAACAUGAGGUGA